CCUCCAUAUGGUCCAUACCCACCACCUCCGCACGCGGCACCCACGGUUCCAAGCCCCGUGUCUGUUGAGUCUCAAAAUGAAGGAGCGGGAGCGACCAAACCAAAGCGUCCAAAGAGACUUGACUGGACGAUUGCGGAGGAGGAAAAACUGGUACAUGCUUGGGUUUAUCACUCGAAUGACUCUGUCACCGGCAACAACCAGACCGGUUUCAGUUUUUGGGGCCAAAUAGCGGAGACCUUCAACUCUACCGCGGAGCCGUCCCGUUGUCGCACCGCGAAGCAACUGAAGGAUCAUUGGAACGUGUACAACUGCGAGGUGACCCUGUUUAAUGGAUACUACAUCCAAGAAGAAAGAGUACGUCAGAGUGGAGCAGACGAUGCAAUGGUUAUGGAGGGGGCAAUGGCGAGGUACGAGAACGACCCGAAAGUGAUGACAGCAUUCAAGCGCCAUCAUUGGUGGAGAGCUGUUCGCCACGAACCCAAGUGGGCAGCGAAACAUGGUCCUGGCAGUGGAUCCGAUGUGAGUAGCAAGAGAACCCAACUCGGAGUUUUGGGUGAGUACAGCUCCAGCGGAACACAAGACACCGAGGAGGACAAUGAGACUCGUCCAAUAGGCCGUGAUAAGGCCAAGACGGCUAAACGGAAGGAGAAGGCUAAGGGGAAGGAGAAGGGGAAGAAAUCCUCAUCAAGCAGUGCGGUAGCAAGUAAAGUAUUUGCAAUGAAGAACAUGUGGGGUGGCUUAGUGAAGGCUAAACUAUUCAAGCAAUGGAACAUAAUGAAGUCCCGAUCAACCGCGGAUAUGGACGAAGCAGAAAAACGUACUCAUUUCAAGGCCGUCAAGAUGGUGGAAAAAGAGUUUGGACUAGACGAGAAUUCGGAGGAGGAUUAAAAUUUUCUUUUAAU